AGAGCAAAGCCUCCCUUCUCUAAACCCGCCUUCCCGGGAGCUCCCAUUUUUCCUCAAUUCCUUCCAAAAUCCCACCGCAGCCCGCAGCUCUCCCUCCGCCGGUCCCAACUCCACAUCCGCACUCAUUCCCGUCAUGAAUCCCCUGAGGACAUGUUCGUUUGUGAUCAGUCUUCGACUUUUAAUAGCGAUCGAACUGCAAGUGGAUACAAACUAUUACACAGGUUCAGCAGAAAGUGAUGUAGUCGACUACAUGGACCCAUGCAAAGCUGCUGCUUUUCUGGGGGACAUAGCUUUAGAUGAGGAGGACUUGCGUUUGCUAAAGGUGAAAUAUAUGGAUGCUACGCAGAACACCUCUUCUAACUUUUCUUUACCUGAAUCAGAAAACAAAUCCUCAGCCAAUAGCAAUGCAGAGGGUGACCCAGUUUUGGCCAGUCGAAGCUUCAUACGCAGACGGAGAGCAGCCACAGCCAGGCCUGAGAGAGUUUGGCCAGAUGGCAUAAUCCCCUAUAUUAUUAGUGGCAACUUUAGCGGCAGCCAGCGAGCCAUUUUCAAGCAAGCCAUGCGACACUGGGAGAAGCACACCUGCGUGACCUUCAUGGAAAGAACCACAGAGGAAAGCUACAUCGUCUUUACCAUCCGGCCAUGUGGGUGCUGUUCUUUUGUCGGAAGGAGGGGUGGAGGUCCCCAGGCUAUCUCCAUUGGCAAGAACUGUGACAAGUUUGGCAUCGUGGUGCAUGAACUUGGACACGUCAUUGGCUUCUGGCAUGAGCACACGCGACCUGACCGGGACGAACAUGUGGAUAUAUUUAGAGAAAACAUCCAGCCUGGUCAGGAGUACAAUUUCAUAAAAAUGGAGCCAGAUGAUGUGGAUUCCCUCGGCGAGGUUUAUGACUUUGACAGCAUCAUGCAUUACGCCAGAAACACAUUUUCCAGGGGCAUCUAUCUUGAUACCAUGCUGCCAAAGUAUGAUGUUGAUGGAGUCCGACCUCCUAUCGGACAGCGAACAAGACUGAGCAAAGGGGACAUUGCUCAAGCAAGAAAAUUAUACAAGUGUCCAAGAUGUGGUGAGAGCCUCCAGGACAGCACUGGAAACUUUUCUUCCCCUGGGUUCCCGAAUGGAUAUGCUGCAUAUCUUCACUGUAUAUGGAGGAUAUCGGUCACGCCUGGGGAGAAGAUCAUUCUGAAUUUUACCUCAAUGGAUUUGUACAGAAGUCACUUGUGCUGGUACGACCACUUGGAGAUCCGUGAUGGAUACUGGAGAAAUGCACCAUUGAAAGGCCGUUUUUGUGGAGACCAGAUUCCUGAGGCCAUUGUGUCUACUGACAGUCGACUGUGGAUUGAAUUUCGCAGCAGCAGUAAUUGGGUGGGAAAGGGCUUUUCCGCAAUCUAUGAAGCUAUUUGCGGAGGUGAAGUGAGAAGAGACAGUGGCCAGAUUGAGUCACCUAAUUAUCCUGACGACUAUCGGCCCAAUAAACUGUGCAUAUGGAAGAUUAUAGUGCCACAGGGGUUCCAUGUGGGCCUCAGCUUCCAGUCCUUUGAGAUUGAGAAACAUGACAGCUGUAGUUAUGACUACCUGGAAGUGCGAGACGGUGAUUCCGAAAACAGUCCUCUCCUGGGCCACUUCUGCGGCUACGAAAAGCCAGACGAUGUCAAGAGCAGCUCUAACCAGCUGUGGAUGAAGUUUGUAUCUGAUGGCUCUGUGAACAAAGCUGGAUUUGCAGCCAAUUUCUUUAAAGAGACCGAUGAAUGCUCCAGGCCUGAUGAAGGUCACUGUGAGCAACGUUGUGUCAACACCCUGGGCAGCUACCACUGUGCCUGUGACCCGGGUUACGAGCUCGCCCCUGACCGCCGCAGCUGUGCAGCAGCUGCCUGUGGUGGAUUCAUCAGCAAACUCAAUGGCUCCUUUACAAGUCCAGGUUGGCCGCAGGAAUACCCCCCCAACAAGAACUGCUUGUGGCAGCUCAUAGCCCCCACACAGUACCGCAUCACACUGCUGUUCGACACCUUUGAGACUGAGGGAAACGAUGUUUGUAAAUAUGAUUAUGUUGAGGUGCGUAGUGGUCUGUCCGCUGACUCAAAGCUUCACGGGAAGUUCUGCGGUACAGAGAAACCAGAGGCAAUCACCUCACAACAGAACAGCAUGCGUGUUGAGUUCAAAUCAGACAACACCGUGUCCAAGAGAGGCUUCAAAGCUCAGUUCUUUUCUGACAUGGAUGAGUGUUCGAGGGAGAAUGGAGGCUGCCAGCAUGAGUGUGUUAACACGUUUGGAAGCUACAGCUGUCAGUGUCGCAGUGGCUUUGUGUUACACAGCAAUAAACAUGACUGCAAAGAAGUGGGUUGUGACCAGGUCAUUACUCGUGUCUCUGGUACUAUCACAAGUCCAAACUGGCCUGAUAAAUACCCCAGCAAGAAGACAUGCACCUGGACUCUAUCCACCACCCCAGGCCACCGCAUUAAACUGGCUUUCGAUGAAAUUGACAUGGAGGCCCAUCAGGAGUGCACCUACGACCACUUGGAGAUAUAUGAUGGUAGAAACGGCAGAGCGCCCAGUUUUGGUCGCUUUUGUGGGGGCAAGAAGCCAUCCCCAGUUAUUUCCAGCAGCAAUAGUAUGUUUCUGCUAUUCUUUUCGGAUAACUCGGUACAGAAGAGGGGUUUUAAGGCCUCUCAUUCAGCAGAAUGUGGUGGGAGUCUGAAGGCAGAGAUAAAGACCAAGGAUCUCUAUUCCCACGCUCAGUUUGGUGACAACAACUAUCCCGGAGCGUCAGACUGCCAAUGGGUGAUCUCAGCGGAGAAGGGCUAUGGGGUGGAGCUCAUCUUUCACAUCUUUGAGAUUGAAGAGGAAGCUGACUGUGGAUAUGAUUAUGUGGAGCUGUUUGAUGGGGCUGAUGUCAAAGCGCCCAGGCUGGGCCGCUACUGUGGGUCUGGGCCACCAGAGGAGAUCUACUCAGCUGGAGAUGCCAUUGUCAUCAAAUUUCACUCAGACGACACCAUCAACAAGAAAGGUUUUCAUGUUCGGUACACGAGCACUAAGUUCCAGGACACCCUUCACACUAGUAAGUGAGUUCUUUAUGGGAGAAGAGCUCAGAAGAACACAACCAUGGGGCUUCAGUUCUUCUCAUGCACCUGUGUUAGUGAUGCUACCUGGAGUUCAGGUUUCCGUUUUUCGUUCCCUCCCUCCAGUCUACAAAAAAGGGAAGUUUUAGCGGUUACUGUAUAUCCUUUCAGCUAAAAGCUUGGAGGACAACACUGAUGCAGGGAAAUGGCAAUACAUUGCCCAUUAUUCUUCAAAUGAUACAUUGAAAACUCUAAAACGAUUGGAAAAGGAGCAUCAGACUGACAGAUAGUCUCAUUAUGGUGACCCUUGUUGACUGCAAGUAAAGAAGGAUGUACAAUUUUGAAACAAUUGAAAAACAAAGAAAAGUCCCUGAUUUGUGCUUGCUUUCCAGACACCUUUCCCCUUCCCUCAAGGCCAGUAUCUAAAAGUCUAUUUUAUAAAAAAAUAAAUAAAAAAAAGAAAAAAAAA